AUGGGCUCACAAAUCUCGCCAGCCGAAUCGAAGCUUUUCAAGCCCCUCAAGAUCGGCAACUGCGACCUGCAGCAUCGCAUCGCCCUCGCACCGCUCACACGGUACCGCAAUGGUGAUGGCGACCAUGUUCCCCUUCCAUUGAUGGAAAAGUACUAUGCCGACCGCGGCAGCGUCCCGGGAACUCUUGUCAUUUCCGAGGCCACAGCCGUCGCCCAUUCGGAGGAGGGGCAGCACAACAGCCCCGGGUUCGUCAGCGACGCGCAGGUCGAGGGGUGGAGCAAGAUCAUCCAGGGUGUGCACGACAAUGGGUCAUUCUACUUUCAACAGAUUUGGGCCAUGGGCAGGGCCGUGGACCCCAGCUUUGUCCAGGGCCGGGGCUACGACUACCGGUCGAGCAGCAACGUGCCCAUGAAGCACAUUGGCGUCGAGCCUCGCGCCAUGACGGAGGAGGAGAUCCUGCAGGUCAUUGACGACUUUGCGGCCACGGCCAAGAAGGUUGUCUCGGCGGGCGGUGACGGUGUCGAGAUCCACUCGGCGCACGGCUAUCUGCUCGACCAGUUCCUGACCGAGGGCGUGAACAAGAGGACGGACAAGUGGGGAGGGUCUGUCGAGAACCGCGCGAGGCUGACGCUCGAGGUCGUCCGCGCCGUGACAGAGGCCGUGGGCGCGGAGAAGGUGGGCAUCCGCUUCUCGCCCUGGGCCGGCUUCCAGGGUUCCGAAAAGGGCGACGUCGAGCCUCUGUACACGUACAUCAUCGACGAGCUGAAACGGAUGGACGUCAACCUGGCAUACAUCUCGCUCGUGGAGGCGCGCGGCGACCCGGGCGAGCUCAUCCUUGGCACCGAGGCCAUCAACAAGGGCAAGACGCUCGAUUUCAUCCUCGAGAACUGGAACAACAAGUCGCCCGUCAUGGUCGCGGGCGCGUACCGGCCGGAGACGGCAGCGCAGGCGCUGGAGACGCGCUACGCACAGUGGGAUAUCAUGGUGGCCUUUGGGCGGUACUUUAUCUCCAACCCGGAUCUCGUGUACAGGAUCAAGCAUGACAUCCCCCUGGUGCCCUACAACAGGGACACCUUUUACCUGAACAAGCAGUGGACGGGGUACAACGACCAGCCUUUCAGCGACGAGUUUGCCGAGGCGCAUCCUGAGGUUGCGAACAAGUACCCCACGCCGGCGGAUGUGCAAUAG